AUGGGAAAAAUUUCCUACAGUGGUCCCAAUCGAUAUUAUGGUGAUCCGUGGUCGUGGGAAACUAGGUAUAUUAAUGGAGACUUCCCACGACCAGCCACAACAGACCCAACUUAUGGCACCUUGGAACUCAACAACUCGAUUGUAAUGGCUUGGUUAAUCAAUUCAAUGGAAGGCCAUAUUAGUCGUACCUACCUCUUCUUCAAAACUGCAAAAGAUAUGUGGGAUGCAAUCAAAGAAAAUUACUCAGAUCUUGGAAAUGCCUCCCAAGUAUUUGAGAUCAAACUGAAAUUGAAGGAUAUCCAACAAGGAACACUUGAAGUAACUCAAUACUACAAUAACCUAAAAAUUUUGUGGCAGGAACUAGACAUGUACUAUGAGGCAGACUGGGGAAAAGGCAAGGAACACACCAAGUUUAUGGCUCACCUCAACAAGGAACGUCUCUAUGAGUUUCUGGUAGGACUGAAUCGAGAACUUGAUGAGGUUCGUGAUCAAAUUCUGGGCAGAACCUCUCUACCAACCAUUGGCGAAGCAUUUGCAGAAGUUAGAAGAGAAGAAAAGCGUCAACUUGUCAUGUUAGGGGAUUUAAAAGAAUCUAAACCUGUGACAACUGCUGGUCACCGUCCCAUUGAAAACUCGGCCUUUAUCUCCAGAGGCCCACAACCAUAA